AUGUCGGCCAUGAUCGAAGCCGGCGUGCGCGCAAACAUCCGAGCUCAGUUCAACUGCUCCGACGCGGAGUCCUUGAUGUUCAGUUUCCGCAGCAUGCUUCGAGGCGUCGGUGAUGGAGAGGUGUUGCUCGACAGCAACCUACGCAUCCAUGGGGAGGCAGACUGCCUGCAGCAGCUGCUCAUGACCUCCAAGAAGCUGGAAGGCAGGCCUUUCGUGGAGGUGCUUCAUAAGUCCGACCACGAGCACUUCAAGGACUUCCUUGCACUUGCCAGCUCACAGGAGAAAGUGGCGGCAAAAGGCCAUGUACCUCCUUGUUUGCGCGUGUCGCUGCUGCAUGCCGUCGACACCUGGGUCCAUGCGGACAUCUAUCACGUUCCCAUCGCAAAGCUCCCCGGCAGACGGGAUGGUUUUGUCAAGGCAUCUGCACUUCCGCAUGGGAUUUAG